AUGUCGUCUCCGCAGUCUCAAUCAUACAUCAUCGUUGGCGCGGGGGUUUUCGGGACGUCUACUGCGAUACAUUUGAAAUCCCGAUAUCCUGAUGCUGAUGUUACAUUGAUUGAUCGUCACGAACCGGAUGCCUCCACACGCCCUGCUGCGUCCUGGGACUGGAACAAAGUGGUUCGCGCCGAUUAUCGUGACAUUACAUAUUGUCGAAUUGCUCUUGAAGCACAGGAUGCAUGGCGGAGUAAUCCGCUAUGGAGUAGAUUUUAUCAUGAGACGGGCAUUUACUGGAUAAGCCGUACCGGUUUCGCUCAAGCAGUGCUUGACAACUUCAAAAAGCUGGGUCGCGACGCUGAACUACAUGCACUUCCUGUGCAAGAAGCUCGUAAGUUAUACAGCAACAUCUUCGAUAGCGCAAACUACGAAGGCGUUGAUACUGUGUUGAUCAACAAGACUAGUGGGUGGGCGGCAGCGAAGGAUGCUCUUAAGGCUGGAAUCAACAAGGCCAUCGACAUAGGCGUGAAGUAUGUCACUGCCGAAAUCGAUUGUCUUCAGUUUGACAAUUGUCGUUGUUGUACCGGUGUUCGAACCAAGGACGGAAGAACGGUCAACUCAGAUCAAACCAUCCUAUGUACUGGGGCCUAUACCCCUGUCCUAUUAGAUAAGGCUGCCAAAAGCGUCUCUUGCGAUGCACUCAGUCCUUCAAAGCGAAUGAUUGCCGCAGGUGUAACCACAGGUAUGGUGACACUCGAUGAAGAAACAGCCGAGAUAUUCAAAGAUAUGCCCGUGUGCAUUCAAGAGAACCCAACUCAAAGAGGGGCAAGUAACGGAACUCUGCCACCAACUAUUGGUGGAAAUCAAAUCAAGUUCUGGGGACAAACAAUCUUCCAGUUUUCUCAAGGGACUCCUAGCUUCUCCCAACCGCCUACAGGCAAGGAAUACAAUCAGUGGGAAGUACCCGAAGCCUUGAAAGCGGAUGUUGCUCUAUCAAGUGAAGCCACUUUCGGGAGGCGUAAUUGGAAAAUACAUACUCAUCGGAUCUGCUGGGACUGUGUCACACCAACCGAAGACUUCAUAAUCUCACAGCACCCAGCCUCUAAAGGAUUAUUCAUUGCGACAUGUGGUUCCUUCCACGGCUGGAAAUUCUUACCAGUAAUCGGCCAGUAUGUGGUGCAGCUGCUGGAUGGUACUCUUGAGUCAGACCUAGAAAAAAGAUGGGUCUGGGACAGGCCGCUCCCAGAUCAGCCAGGAAAGGAAUGGCCUCGACGUGACCUGAGAGAUCUGCUCGAUGGCGUCCAAGCUUGAGGCCAAGGUGUCGGUGGGCGGGGAGUGUCUGAGGUAGGUCAAGGAUGACGACGUGAUUGAAUAUCCGUCAAUUAUAUCAACGAGCGGCACUAUGCCCUUCGUCCGAUAUCUAAUUAGCACGAAAUUGAAUGUUUGGGUUUGUCACCUUAACUUAGACAGGAAAUUUAUUUCAGCUACGUCUGAAGUCGUUGCAUUUUCCCCAGACUUUUCAUUCUCGGCUAAGUACCAUGUGUUCCAUUUAGGCAGAGCCUGAUAUAACCCGUCU